UAAAGAGUUAAAUUCACUGUAAAAUUGUUUUAAAAUAUAUUUGUUUGAUGGAUUUGUCCUAAUCCUUCGAGUCAAACAACUAAUGUAUUUUCUGCAAACUGUGUCUUCUAUCUUAAAACAAGGUAAGCCAUGUUGAAGUGCCCACAUGACAUCUGACUGCCCCUACCAUUUGCAACCGAAAAAAACUGAAACCGGCCUCAAAACAGAAGGACAAGUUGGAAGACGAUCAAUCGAACAUAGGAAAAACGAGGAAGAAAAAAAUGGCAUCACUUGUAACCCAUUUGUGCGUCACUCUUCUCCUUCUCCCUAUAGGCAUCCGCCGUCUCUUUUGCUCGUCUUCUCUUUACCUCAAGAACCCAUCUCUUUUUAGAUCCAAAACAUGGUACCUCUCUGAUCCCAAAUGGAAAAAUCUUGAUUUGUACGUCCUCACCGUAGCCCUCCCUAUCGCUUCUUUUUCUUUAAUCUUUCUUUUCCUCUCCAUUACUACUGGUCACACAACUUACCGUUUCUCCUUCUUGCAUGAAUCAUUGCUUCUUUUUCUUUACUGGGUUUUGGCAAUUUUGUUCGUUUUACGUGAUGCCAUUGACCCUGUAGUCAUUCUUGAUAAUUUCUUGUUUGUGUUUGGUGGGAUUUUGUUUUUCGUAGAGUACUCUUUUAUUGGUGAGGGCACUUCUGGUCUUGUUGUCGAGGUUGUUUAUGGUUUGUGUGGUGAUUUGAGUCUUGUUUGUGGGUUUUGUUGUUUGUAUUUGGCUAUUAGGCCUGGUGCAUUUUUUGCUGAGUUUUGUUUCUGUUGUGGGUUGGUUUUGAAAGGGACUUGGUUUUUACAAGCUGGGUUGUGUUUGUAUACUGAUGUUUUUGGUUUUAAAGGGUGUCAUGAGAUUGAGAUUUUGCCUGGAAGUGGAAAUGUUGAGUUGAAGUGUGAUCUUGAGGAGGAUGGGUUGAGGGGUGUGGCAUUGGUGAAUUUGAUGUUUGUUGGGCAUGCAAUCGUGGUCUUUCUUGUGAGUUUGGGGUUGUUUGGAUUGUUGUCAAGUAAUAGGGAUUUGAGGCAUGGUGAAGCAAGUGGUCCUUUGCUGGCAGGGCUUGAUUCUGAGAGUGCUUUGAUGCGGGCGCUUCCUGAAUUUGAAGUGGAAUGAAGUGGGCAGCAAAGGAUUUAGGGAUUGAGGGGCCAAAAAGAAUGUGUGUGUAUAUUUGGGAAGGGCUUCUAGAUCUGUUCCUGCUUGUGGGUAAAGGCUGUUACUUUGUUAUGCGGUAAGUAACCAGUAAAUAGUUUUAGGAAACGGUUGCUGGAGUUGCCUAUUGGCAUCAGUAACAUUUGUAGCAUAGUGUGGGCCUCCAAAUUGCAGGAAAUAGAUAGCUUGUUACUGUUUUGUGUUCCUCCCAAAUGCAUUGGUUCAUGUUGUUGUUAUGAAUGAUCACAUUUGAUUAACUCUAGUAAUUCAACUGGAUGAUAAUGGCCACAGAUUCUUUACACCUCUGAAGUGAUCAAGUGUUAAAGUUCAACACUUUAGACAGGUGGGUUUUGAUUUUUCUUUCAUAUGGAAGUAAAAACCCACAAGCUUUAAAAAAUUUCAGUUCUGCAGUGACUAAGAUUUCAUCUCAUGACAGUAUGUAGUAGCAACACAGAGUAUCUUUCAAUGAAAUUUUGGAUUCUAGGCAGAAAUAUCAUGGCAUCUUUGAUAAUGAUGGUUGGAUUUUUUAUAUUCCUUUGUGUCACUAUCUUUCAAGUUGAAGAAAUUGUUGUUUUUGUGGAUAAAAUGCAUGAAGUGGAGCCGUUACUUCAUGAUUUUUAUUUCUUCAAUGAUGUCUUUGGAGACAAUUAGAAGGUCUUGAGAAUUUGACUUCAGAUUUUGAACAUGGUAAAACGUAAGGACUUUUAUGGUGACUUGAAUUCACUGACGGACCAUGACCUUACCAAUUCAUGUGUUCAUAACUGUUGAACUCAGGUGCUAAUGCUUUGCUGGAGAGCUUCUUUUCUCAUUCUCCCAUUCCACUCCUCACAAAACCGUAAUCUUUGAUUAUCAUGGAACCUUUAUUUAAUAUAUUUGUUGUAGGAAGCUGAAAUUUAUGUCCCCCUCCCAAUUUUUCCCAUCAAAGUGUGCAAAGAAAUGGAAUGUGAUUGUCCUUCCAGUGAUCUGCUUGCAAGAUGCUUUAUUGAAAAACAAGCUGUUGGAGCAUGAGAAGGAUCUGGCAUUCAGAAGAGGAAGAAGUGAUGCAGGAGCAACAUCUGAGUCAUAUGUUAAAUUUGGUUGGUACUAUAGCAUGCUACUGAAGAAAGACUUAUCUGAAUGUGCCCCUGGAUAAAAGAAGAAAUGAGUGGGAGAAUAGAUGUGAUUCAAAUCAAGAUGUUUCUAGUAUCCUGUGUCUUCAUAGAAGGUUUGUGACAAGGGUGUGCUUAUGAGGAAGGAGAUAGCAGCCGAAACUUUAACAAGUAGAAAGAACUAGAAUUGUGUGCAAAGCAUAGUAUAUGUCUGCUGGCUAUGAUAGAUUCCAGUUUAUUAUCCACAGAAAUAAUGCUUCAACUGCUAUUUGUUGCUGUGUUAUGAGGUUCAGCAAAAGAAGGAAAUUUAUAAAAGUCUUCGUUCAAGACUUUCAGAAAAGCAAUGACAGUGGCUGAAAAUUUCUAUUUUGAGCAAGGGGAUACCAAAAGAGACAAACCCUCCAUUGGUGCUUAAAUCUUCUAAAGGUUCUCCUCUCAGUUCUGGUGGAGGAAUGGGUGACCAGGUGCAAGGUGGAGCUUUAGCCCAUUUUUCUGAGCUGCCCACAUCCAUGAGUUCCUAAUCCCAAAAGGAAAAGGAUGAAAGGUUCAACAAUCUCCACAGCAUCCGAGCAAACUUGUUUUACCAUCUGCAUGGUGUAUGAUGACAACCCGUAUGAUAGCAGGGCUCCUUGGGAUAGUAGUGGAGUUGAUAUUGACAAGUAGUUAUGUUGUGGAUCAGCUGCUGAAGACUGUGAAUAUUACAGGAUGAUUAUCAGAAUAGUUCUCAACAUUUUGUUGGCAGCCUAUAUAUAUGUUGACAGACCCAAAUUCAUACAAGUGAUGGUCAAUCUCCACAGGCUUCUCAGCGCUAUCAUGAAAGGAAGCACAUCAAUUUUCAACAUAGUUUUUGUUAAUCAUCCUUGCAACUUGAGAUACAGUAUUUGCUACUUGGGAUGUGAAGGAGAAGAAAGAAACUUCAAAUUCGUCCAGAGCAAUGAAAGCCUACUACUUUCAAGGGUUCUUGAGUGUGGUGGUAAUGAAUCCUUGAAAACCUACAUUUGAAAAAAAGAAAAAAAGCUAGAAGAGGUGACAGGCAUCCCAGAAAGACUUACCGGUAUAGCUUGAGCAGGAUCUCCCUGAGCGCGGGCGACACCCUAUCAAAGCAUGCCAUGUUGAAGAAACCUCUCUCAAGCCCUGCCUCACAUGGUGGUGGAAAUGAACGGAGAUGUUCAACUUUAAAUCCAAAUGGUUUUGUCCAUAUCUAUGAAGUUUGAGUAGAAAGCAAGUUGAAGUCCUGCCAUCAUUGUUUAGCAACCCUUGAAGCAAGUACCUACCAUCAUCACUUCCCUCUCAUUUCUCCAUCUUUCUGCUUUGUUGUUUGCAAAGUACGCCUAAUGGAUCACCUGUCCACACCCUCCCACUGUAAACUUUUCUUUUAGGAUUUUAUAUCAUUAAUAAGUCUAAUAAUACUUGCAUGAGCCAUGAGCUUCGCUUGUAAAAGCACAUAUACUCAAUUUGCGUGUGUUGUUUGCGAGUCACACAAUUUCAGAUUAGAAAAUUCUUCUCA